CCGCUAUCGUGGCAUGAUGGCCAAAACACUCUGGGCGCGGAUUUAAGACGAGGGCGAGGUGUGCAGGGGCCACGGGUGCUGGUACGCGUAUCGCGCGGUGAUCAACGAUCAUCCAACUGUUUGUUCUUCAAGCCUCGUUUUAAUGCGACGAACGAUCGAAACGAACACUGAAAAAUAACAAUGGCGUCUACAGUGGCCCGUGAACAAUUGGGAUUGACGAUGGAUCAGCAAAUAAGUGAAAUCGACAGUGAGAGCUCGAGCAGUUGUGAGGAUCGAGAGGCGCGAAAACGUUUACGCGACGAUUCGGACAACAACAUUGGUGGCAGUCCGAAAAAACGACGGAAGCAAACCACGCCGGUCAAGUUUCCAGCCUCGUUGAUGAUUAACAACGGUGAGAGGAAUGAGUUUGAGGACGGCGAGGAUGACGACGACGAGGAAGAGGAAGAGGAGGAAGAGGAAGAGGAAGCGGAAGAAGAGCAAGAGAAAGGCGAAGGUGAAGAGGAGGAGGAAGAAGAGGCUAAGGACGAGGACGAGGAACGACCGAACGAGAAAAAGUUGAAAGGUGAGGCUGAACCGAGCGAAAGAAGGAACAACCGAGGACGGACUUUGGUCAACGAAGCUGACGAGACACUGCUGGAAGGUAAGCCAAGAACGUUAUCACCGCAAAGGUUUGCGCGAAAUAUCGUCGGACAAAUGACAAGCACUACUACUAUCGGGGCUAAUGAUGAGAAUCUCAACGGUGAAUUUUGCUGUAAAUUUUGCGCCUUUUCCUUCAGCGAUAAGGAAUCAUUGUCGCGACAUUUAGAACGCGAGCAUGCGAUAGUUAGUAACCCGGCUCCGAGUAGUUCUCCCCUCUCCGAUCAAAUUAGGAUCAAAUUAGAACCGACGAGUCAGAUGAUCGAGGAUCUCGAGAGUCCGGUCAAUCUUUCGAGUUUGGGUAUCAAAAACUUGGUCGCCGCCAAUUGGUUCCACUCUCAGACCCAGGUGCAACAGCAGCAGCAGCAGCAGCAGCAGCAACAACAACAACAACAACAACAACAGGUUCACUCGCAAUCUCAAAAUUCAGAUGAUUGGACAUCUCCGAGUUCGGUUACUUCCGUUUCCAAUAAUCUUCAAGCUCUGACAUUCCCCGGAGCUCUAGCUCAGUAUCUUCCCUUGCCGGGAUUCUCUAUGACCGAUGCUGGACAGCUGAGUCGGCCCCCCGUCGGUCCAACACCAAUUAGAAUCUUUAAUCCAGACGCAUAUUGCGAUCUUUGCAACAAAGAAUUUUGUAACAAAUAUUUUUUAAAAACCCAUAAAGCUAACAAACACGGGAUUUAUGGGGAUGGGCCUUCGCAGAAUAGCGGUGACAGCGGUGUUUCCGCGGGUAUGUUUACCGGGGCAUUUGCGAUCGGUGGCGGCGGUGGCGCCUCCAUCAAGUUGGAACAAUUACAGAGGCUCGAAGUUCCUACCCCGCUCGUUUCCGUACCUUUGGGUAACGGUGUACUCUGCGAAGUGUGCCAUAAGCGCUUCAAAAAUGACGAUUCCUUGAGAAAACACAAGCAAAAAGUUCACAACGAGUCGAUCGAUAAUCAAGAAUGUCAUUCUUUGCCAGCGACGGGAAGUAAUACGGAUGAAUAUCGGCAAGCCUCGCGUCACAGUCCUACCGCGAUGGAAGUACUUUUUAAACAGGAAUUCGGGCUCGAACAAGAAGACUCAAAGUUUAUGCCUGCCCCCCGGCAUCUCUCGCCGCAAUCGAGCCAACAAGCCAGAGACUCGGGUUUCAACGCGGAUCGUCUGAGACGUCUCGGGGUCAUAAAUCCCGAGGCGUUCUGCGAAAUUUGCUGCAAGGAAUAUUGCAACAAGUACUUUUUGCGAACGCACAAGAUGAAGAGACACGGGAUUUUCGUUCAAGAUGGUGAAAAAGCACCGAGCAACCCUGGCAAUGCAGCCUCUUGGCAUCAGAUUCAAACGAGCCCGCUCAAUCUCAUCGUGACCGAUAGCAUCAAUGCCGUGAGCGGCGGCAUUUUUUCCGAAUCCACCGAUCGUCCCGGAGAUGAUGUAGAGUGCAAAACAUGCGGGAUACGCUUCCAAACAUUCGGUUUGUACCGUGCUCACAGGGCUAAAAUUCACGAAACGGACGAGUCGUCGAAACACGAUUCCGACCCCGCCGAUCCGAUCAUCACCGAUCAACCGAGUGACUCCAUCUCGGAGGAUCUCCAGAAACUCCAGAGCAUGAUUUUGCAAAUAAACGGCCUGGAAUCUGGUAAAACAUUAAAUUGCGGAUUAUGCGGCAGAGAAUGCGAAAAUUUGAGUGUUUUACGGACUCACAUGAGACUCGAACACGACGGAACCCUCGAGGAGAUAUCCUCCUCCGCUCGGACCAGCGCAUCGGAGACGUCGCACUCCAAUGUCGCUACGACUGUCUGCACCAUCUGCGAUAAGGAAUAUCAAACUUGGGAAGCACUGAGGCAACAUAUCACCGAGGAUCACGACCGAAGCACCACCAGCAUCGCCAACAACAACAACAACAACAACAACAACAACAACAACAACAACAACGUCUCGAGUAUGCCGUCAACGACGAUGCUGACGGAAUCUUUGACCGCUUCGCCGACCAUCAGCGUUCAAACUUGCAUUCCUACGGUUACGACGCCCGUCACCGUUCCAACCCCAUCAUUAACGGGCUCGACGCAAACCCCAACGGGUUCGCAAUCCGAAAAAAAAAUUAUUUCCAUGACGCCAACCUCGAGUUACUGCGAGCUCUGUCGCAAGGAAUUGUGCAACAAAUAUUUCAUGAAGACUCACAUGCAGAAGAUGCACAAUAUCGAGAUUGAGAAUGGUUCGCAGAUCGGUGGCGUAGUAUGUAACAUAUGCAACAAGGAAUUGUGCAGUAAAUAUUUUCUACGCGUGCACAAACAAAAUACUCAUGGAAUCAUUGACGAGACGUCGAGCACAGCAGCAGCAGCAGCAGCAGCAGCAGCUGCUGCUGCUGCAGCGGCCACAAGCAAGCAAGAAACAUUUGAAUCAUCGAGCAACGAGGAUGCUGCGGCAUUAAAGCCGGAUCAGCUCGGCGAUUUGAGUCAUCGUUAUUUCACUCAUUUCACAGAGGUAUGCCCAGUUUGCAGUCGUCGUUUUAGAAGUAUCAAGUGGCUCAAGGCUCAUCUUCUCGGUGAUCAUGGUAAAAUGGGAAUAGAAAAAUGGCGCGAGCUUGAGAAUCAGUAUCAAAAUUCAUCUAAAGGCGUCGGUGGGAGAAACACCGUCGGUAGCGCCGGCCCAUCUCGAACGUUAGUCCUUAAUCAAAGCAUAAAAAUACCGAAUGGUUUGGAGAUGAUUCAACAACAGUUGAAGAAUAACGAUUAUGGCGGAGUACUCGGAAAUCAAGUACUCUCGAGUCUUUUUGGCUCAGCGAGCGAGGAUCAACGGAACAAGAGCUAUCGUUGCUCUUACUGCAGUUUUACAACGACGGUGUUGCCAUUUUUGUUCCUUCACGAGAGAUCCCAGCAUACCGGUCAGCCACACGACAAUAAUCCUACUGCCGAGAGCGCCGGUUCGAUUUUGUGCCCGAUUUGCUCGCAAGUUUUCGCUCAACCGGAUUUACUUCAGCAUCAUCUGUUAACGCGGCAUCAAUUGUCGGGUUUACUGUCUCAAAUAUCGGGGUUAUCGACGAUCAAUGGCCCGAGACGACUCGAGCAGCAAGGGUCAAUCGGUGUUGAUAAGCAAAACAACGAUACGUAUGACAAAUUCGAGCACGAUAGGGUUGCCGGGGGAAUGGAGGAACACGCAGGAGGGGGGGGAUCGUCGAGUCCCCCGUCCCACGUCGCUCUCGGAAAUAGCAGCGAGACUCCGAGCAAGAGUCCGAGGGCCGAAGAGCCCGCGGUCGUUCGUGUUACGCCCCAAGGAGCUUACAAGUGCGCCGAGUGCGGUUACGCGAGUGCCAAUCUCAACAGAAUUAAGAAACACGUUAGAAAGGAUCAUAGAGCGAUUGGUGGUGACCCGAUCGAGAGCGUAAUCGACGAGUUGAGUAAAACCCUGAGAGAUGUCGCGAACAAGCACAAAUUACCAGCGAGUUACGCGAUGCCUCAAGACAUGAAUUCGAAUCCCGAUGGAACGACCCUGAUGCAACCGUUUCUCAUCGAAGAACGGGAGGUUGCUGAAAAAAUUGACGAUCGAAUCAGCCGGGAGAAACGUUUUGCACCUGCCCUCGUUUAUUUACCGGUAAGAGCAAGGAUCAACGGUUCCCUCACCACUUGUUUCACUCUCAGUCCUGCCUGAGAUUGAUUCAUCUUCCUCUCCUCGGGGAUCGCAACCUGCUCGGCGUUGCGGGCGGGGGGCUCUCCCGCGCCCUGCCCCCAGUCCCAUGUACCUCGAGAGACAUCGCGUUCCUCUUUUUAUAUAUUAUCCUCCUCCUCCUCCUCCUCCUCGUAUACGCGAAAGUUAUCCUAUAUUCACCACCCUUCGAUACCUUACGAGUCGCCAAAGAGACAAAAAAAACAAUUCAGUGAAAGAUCGCAUUGGUACGCGUACGACGAUCGUUGUUCCGUACACACACUACACGCAAACACACACGAGCACGUGCGGUAUUGGUUCCUAAAAUAAGAGAGAGAGAGAGAGAGAGAGAGAGAGAGAAAAUACAUGGAAAAAAAACUCGUCAAGACGAAGAAGAAUAACAAAACGUACGAGACCAGUAGCGAGAUAGAUAUUUUUUUAACGAAACAAAGAUUUUUAUAUACACCAUACCCGUAUAUGUGAAUUAAUUUAUCACGUCAGAUAUAUUUAAACGAUUAUCAUCGUUUUUUAAUCACGGUACAACGCGGUUCCUUCAUCGAUCGUCCCUCUCGAUCGGAUAUUCAUAAUUUUUCAUUCUCCAUUCUCAAUAAUAAUGUUAUACGCCGCGCCGUCCGGUUUACGCUCGUAGCGUUUUUCUCUCCUCCCCCCACCUCCACAUUUGACCAAGCAAAAAAUGGACAAGUAGCAUCAAAUGAAAGAAAAUAAAAGAAAAGUGUAUGGAAAAUAUACCGAAGCACAAGCAAGAUUCGCGUAUGUUGCGUUGAGGGCCCGCAUAUAUUUAGAAACCUCGUUGUUAUCAAUAUAUUCUAAUCGCGAUGUUAUACCGUGUAAAUAUUAAUUCUAAAUAUCUAAUUAUAACGGACGAUCGACAAAGUUCCUAUUUUAAAUGAUGCGGGGCUCCUCAAUGGAAGACGACGCUUUCGAGCAUCGACCGGGCGGCGGCGGCGGCGACGGCGGCGACGGCGGCGACGGCGGCGGCGUCCCUUUCUCCUUCAACAAAACGCCUUAACUUUUACUCUACUAUUAUUUUUGUUUUGCCUCAGUUGUUCUUCGGCAUCUUACGACAGUUCCUCGAUUUUUAUACCUACAUAAAAAUACAUAAAAAUUUCUUCUAUCGGAGUACGUACCGGGAAGUUAGUUUUUUUUUCUUUUCUUAUAAAUAUCACCUAGUCAAUAUUCUAAAGUAACGAAUAUAACGAUGAAAACUUGAACAGAGAUGAAAUAAUAAUAGUAUAAAUGAGAGACGAAAGAUAUUAUUAUAUAUUAUAUUUAAAAAGUAAAAGAAUUUUUUUAAAAUGAAAAAAAGUACGAGCGAAUCUGAAAUGGAGUAUUUUAAGGCGACAACGCGCACAAGAAUAUUCUUGCUGGAUCUUUUGAUCCUCCCAAUUAGAAUGAAUCGCGUACGAUGUACGAUGAUAUUAUUGUCGAGACCGAUCGAUGAUCACGAUGAAAUACUGAAAAAUUUAUGAUAAAUAAUAGAAAAUGAAGUAUAAAACUCAGGGUGAAAGGCAUUGAGACCGCCGCAACAGAGAGUACAAUCGUAUACACACAGCCAACGUCAACGCAUUAAAAACAAAAGAAGAAAAAAAAUAUAGAUAUAAAAAAGAUAUUGCCUACCGUAAUGAUGCUCCAUGUUUUUUUUUUUUUUCUUUCGGCGUUUUAUGGGAUGAGAUAUGCUGGAUGAUCCGCGUAAAAUAUUCAUAACUUUGCAUCGUGCACGAGCCUCUCGCGCGGGGACAAAAAGGAAAAGCAGAAAAACCAAAAGAACAAAACUUUGUGAAUGAACUUUUGUUAAAUUAUAUACGCGAUGCAAAAGAAAAAGCAAAAGAAAAAGCAUAAUAAAAAGUGAUUCAAACGCGGAUAAGGAAAAGAAUAAGGAUCCGAGGAGUGAGGCAUUUGGCCCGGAGUCUAAAGAUAUACGGUGGCCAUGCAAGAUUCAAAAACUGUUCGUGUUCGUGCCUUGCCGGCUUAAGAAAAUGAAGAUGAAAUUUUUUUAAUCGCAGCUGCGAUCGCGACGAUGACCGUCGUCGUGUCCAUGUAUUUUCGCAUCAAUUUUUCACCCUUUUCUCCUUCUUCUCGCGUUUACCCGCGCUCAUCCUUUUUAUUCGAGUAUAAAUAUAAAAUCGCGUUUACGAAUAACAGAGUGUCAUUGGUCGCUCCUCCCCCCCUCGUCUCUCGCCAUCGUUGCUCGCGGAUGGCUUUAUUAACAACGGUCAGAGGUAUAAAAAAAAAAUUGAAAAAAUUGAAAAUUCUUAUUUUACUAUGAACGUUUUACGGGAAUAAUUGAGAGGGGGGGAAAAAAAAAACAACAGACAGCUGCGUCGUAGUCGGGAGACGUAGACGCGUGCAUGCGUAUAAUAUAUGGAUAAAAAUACACAGGCGCGCGGGCAUUGGGAGGAUGGAAGACUAGCGGUUAUGCCGGACUCGCCCAGAGAAAACGGCCGGCAAAAUAAUCCGAGUGUCUAGAAUUCGUUGUGGAACGCGGGUGAAACGGACCGACCGCCACGACGGACGGUGCGUUUCGUGUUAUUAUUUUCUCCGUUCUCGAUCGAAUAAUAAUCACGAUUAAGCACCAAUUGCCCGCGUGGUUGCGGGAACGGUUUAGAAAAUAUUUUUUUAACCAUAACGGCAUAAUAUUCUUUUCCGUCGACAUUUGCGCUGGUGUACUCAAUGCGUAUACACACAAAAUCUCAUCAAAAUUUAUUUCUUUUUUUUUUUGUUAUAAUAUUCUGAUAUUAUUUUCACUCAGUCCGCUGAUCCGUCAAUUUUUCGGUGCCAAAUUUGGACGUUGCAUAGAGCCAGAGGGAAAAGACGAGCGCGCGCCGAAGAGUGAAUAAUUGCCCCGGGGGAGAGAUUUCUUUGGCUCGUGAGAAACGAAGCGGUGGAUCGUUCGUUUUCGAAAAAAAAUUCGAAUGAAUUAGUAUGCGCGGGUACGCUUGCAUUAAUCUACGCGGGCGCAUAUAUCCAUAUUGCAUUGGUAUACAGGCGGCAUGAAUUAGGGGAGAAAAAGAAUGUAGUAUUACCGGAACGAGAGAAAAAUCGAGAUGAACGAGAGGGAAAUGUUUUGGGGGAGAAAAAUCGAAUUUCCACAAGUAUUGUUCGCUACGUUAAGGUGGCGUGGGGAAUAAAAAAAAAAAAAUGGGUCGUAGGUCGAAAUCUGCAUCUGGCAGCGAGAGAGAAAGAAAGAGGGAAAGCGAGGGAGCGAGAUGGAUAGAGAAGAUUGAGAGUCAAGGGAUCACAGAGGUCAUACUGACCUUGGCUCGUAAGAGGGGUCCAAAAUUUUGAGGGAAAAAAAAACAACGUCCGAUGACGCGUGUCUUUUGUCACUGUUCCUUUCACA